GCUAGAUCUCUCCAACUUGCAUCAGAGAGACUCGUGCCCUGCCUCUCCCAUCCAUGGAACCAACAAUAAAUAGCUUGGAGAAGCCACAAGAUGAGGGGGCAUGGGUGUGUGAUUCCUCUGUCGAUCAUAAAGGAAGACUUCCUCUCAGAUCUUCCACUGGAGGUUGGAAGGCAUCCUUGUUCAUCAUAGCAAUUGAGUUCAGUGAAAGGCUGAGCUACUUCGGGCUGGCCUCCAACCUCAUUUUGUAUCUCACCAAGGUGUUGCAUGAGGAUAUGAAAACGGCAGCCAAGAACGUCAAUUACUGGAACGGGGUCACCGCCAUGAUGCCCCUUGUCGGCGGCUUCAUCGCCGACGCCGCUCUCGGGAGGUUCUUCACCGUCAUUAGUUCCUCUAUCAUCUACAUCACGGGACUCACUUUGUUGACCCUAUCGCAAUUAGUCCCUCGCUUGAAACCAUGCAACGCAACCGCCUGCGGCAGCAGAUCGAUGGGCCUCCACGAGGUCGUUUUCUUCUUGGGCAUCUACUUGAUCUCCCUCGGUACCGGCGGCCACAAACCUUCGUUAGAGAGCUUCGGCGCCGACCAAUUCGACGACAACUACGCGGAGGAGCGCAAGCAGAAGAUGUCCUACUUCAACUGGUGGAACUUCGCCGUCAGCAGUGGCCUUAUUUUCGGCGUCACCGUCGUUCCCUACGCCCAUGACGCCGUCGGAUGGUGGCUGGUCGAUGUCCUGCUCGCGGGCAUCCUGUGCUUCAGCCUUGUUGUCUUCGUAGCCGGCAAAUCUUUUUACCGGUACCGGCCGCCGGAGGGAAGUCCGUUCACGCCGAUGGUGCAGGUUAUGGUGGCGGCAGUGGCCAAACGAGGACUUCCUCUGCCGUCGGACGCUGGAGAACUUUACGAGGCUCCUAAAGCAGAGCACUCUAGUGACAGGCUCCUCUGCCACACUAACAAGCUACGAUUUCUCGACAAGGCCGCCAUAAUCGAGCAUAGAGACGACGCUGCCGCCUUCGUCAUCGAGAGAUCAAACACAUGGCGGCUGGCAACGGUAACUCAAGUCGAGGAGCUGAAGCUAAUAAUUGGCAUGGUGCCGAUAUGGCUCUCGGCGCUACCCUUUGGCAUAGUCAUGUCGCAAGCCUCCACCUUCUUCAUCAAACAAGCAAGCAUCAUGGACCGGAACCUUGGAGACUUCGAAAUCCCCGCGGCCUCCGUCUACGCCCUCGGGGCCAUCGGAAUGCUCGUCACGGUGACGCUGUACGACAAAAUCCUGGAGCCGGCGAUGCGGAGAGUCACGGGGCGUGAGCGGGGCGUGAGCAUGCUGAAGAGGAUCGGGGUGGGCAUGGCGAUCUCGUCGGUGGCGAUGGCGGCGGCCGCGGUGGUAGAGCGGAGGCGGCUGACGGCGAGCGCGCCAGUGAGCGUGUUCUGGCUGGUGCCGCAGUACACGGUGAUGGGGUUGGGCGACGGGUUCGCGCUGGUGGGGCUGCAGGAGUAUUUCUACGAGCAGGUGCCGGACGGGAUGCGGAGUUUGGGGAUCGGGUUCUACUUGAGCGUCUUCGGGGCGGGCAGCUUCCUCAGCAGCCUCCUCAUCACGGCGGUGGACCGGACCACGCCCUGGAUCGCCAGGGACUUGAACGGCAGCCGACUGGAUUUGUUCUACUGGUUGGUGGCGGCUCUAAACGCCGUCAAUAUCUGCGGCUUUGUGUGCCUGGCGAGAAGCUACUCUUACAAGAGAGUACUCCAGAGGAAGGUGGCAGUCGCUGAUUCCCCUGAAGACGAUGUCUGAACUUUACGUCAGAAUGGGCCAUUGUGAAACUCAAGCAGAUAGAAAUUAGUCAGCAAAUGCAGUUCCAAGAUGGAUGAAUAAAGUUAACUCUACUUGAAGGUGAGAAAUAAAGUUAACUUUUUUACUGAAAACAUUCAAAUCUAAUUAUUAAUAUAAAUCACAGAAUUUACUUUUUAAAA